UAUUUAAUAUAUAAAACAAUUAUAUUAGUGCAAAAAUUAAUGUUUUAUUUAUAUUUUAUUUACCAAAUCUUAUAAGAGCGUGUAGAAUACCCUGUUUUUUAAGGUUAUAAUUUUGAAGUUAGAAUGUGAGAUUAGUUUUGAUUACAGUAUACACCACAAACACAUAUGUAUAUAUAUUAUAUUAAUUGUGAUUUUAUUUUUAUUAAUUAUGGGUAAGGAAGCAAAAUAUUGUCAAGGGAAAGAUGCUUUCGAGAGAAUGAAUUAUUUGUAUCAGGCUAGUCAUAUGAUAUCAUUAAAAAAUAGAGUUGCUGCUUCGUAUUAUGGAAGUAUGAUGAUGGGUUGUGCGAAGAAAGCUGUACUACGAGUGGAGCCAAAUUUAAAAAGAACGAUAUGCAAACAAUGUAACUCUCCUCUUAUACCUGGAGAGACGGCUAGAGUUAGAUUAUGUUCUAAGCGUAUAAAAGGAGUUAAAUGGACAUGUUUGAUCUGUUUAAAUAGUAAAAUGUAUCCUACUAAAAAAGGAUACAAAUUAUGGAUAGAACAGCCGGAAGCAAUCGUUGAAACUCUUCAUUUUAUUCCUAAAAAUAAGUCUAUCGACUGUGAUAAAAGUAAUGUAAAGGACAAUAAUAAGACUGAAUCUACUACUAAUACGAAGAUAAAAAAUAAAUCUGAUAAUAAUCUCAAUGUAAAUCAG